GUCUUUUAAAAAAGUUUGAAAGCAGUGUGAUUAUGACGAGUCCGUGCAAUUGGCCUGUGACACCGAGUGGAGAAUGAAUGGUCAUGUAAAGAGUAUGCAUUUUAAACAGUUUAUGGAACCAGCAACAACAUUACUCUCUCUCCUGCUGGUUAUGGCUGUUGAUUCAACACGAUUUGUGGCAGCAAGCAGAAACCAGCAGUGUGGGAAUUCUCUGCAGCAGACCUUGAAGCUUACCAGACUCAUACAUAAGCAAUCUGGCGACCUAAUCAAAACAUAUAAAGCCGCUCAGGGAGAAAUGUCAGAGCUCUUCUGCAAGGUGUCAGUCAACGACGUCCCCGACCCCAACAUCUCCGGCCUGGAGCCCUCAGAGACGAUAGUGAGCAUCUACACGCACCUCCAAGAUUUCUUCCCACAUUUAAAACGAGUGUACGAGCAGCAGACGGACUUGCAGUUACCCGCGAGCCCGCUGCUGACAGACCUGAACCGAGUCAGGGCCAGCAGCAGGAGCCUGGCCGCUCUCGUAAACAGCUUCUAUCAGAGCCUCUUCCCAAACCUGCCCAUGCCAGAGCCAGCAGGAGGGCCGACGACACUACCGCCGCCUCAGAACGUCUUCCAGCAGAAGGUCUACGGCUGUGUGGUCCUGAAGACCUACCUGAAGCUGCUGUCAAACGUUACUCGAGAACUGAGGACUCUAAAAAACAAAGUGUGCAGGAGGAGGAUACAAAUUAACUCACUCUUCUGAGGAUGACCUAAGGCUGGCCUUAGUCAGUUUUCAACAGCACUUAUCCUCAAUGGGUUGAUGAAGACUAUAAAAGAUAUAAGUGAGUAGUAUGAAGGUGGCGGGUACAUCAGUGUAAUGAAGCCUAUUUAUGGUAUUUAUUAUUUAUUUUCUUAUUUCUGAUAAGAGGGAUGCUGUUAAAGAACAAGAGUGUGAAAGUAUCUAUGCAAGCUAUGUAUAUUUAAUAUGUCUAAUAUGUUAUGUAAGGUUCUACUUUGCUGAUGUAAACUUAUUUGCUGUGUACAGAAUUAUUAAAGGAUACUUUGCAGCUGUA